AUGGAAAACUUAGUUGUCAAUGCCGUGCAUUGUAAAAGACAGAAGUGCUUUGGAGUGUCUAAUGGAUGGAUGUUAGGUGUAAAUGGUGAAAUUGAACCUAUUGAUAACAAAACUGAUUGUAAAAUGCCUAAAAGAUAUUCUGAAAAUCCGGAAAAGGCGUUGGGGUUUUUUGCUGAAUCUAACGGUCGUGCUUUUAGAGUGCUGACUAGAGAUGGAGCGGUUUGGGAGUUGGAUUGUGCGAGUUCGGAUGAAUGGGAAAAGGCUGGAGAGUUUGAAGACGACCAAAUUCUUGGCUGUCAAUUUAAUGCUGAUAACGGUAACUUGCUGGUAGGUACACAUGAACGAUUGUUUUUGAUUGAUAAAAACAUGAACUUAAUUGGAGAUAAGGAAAUACCUGAAAGAAUAUCUUUAGAGAUAAAAAGCCAAACUAAUCCGACUAUGCGGGCUGCCUGGAGUCCAGAUGGGAAGUAUAUUUGUGUUCAACUCGGUUUUGAUGUGAUAUUUUACGGCUAUGACUUGUCUGUUAUUGCUGAUACACUUAGUAUGUGCAAUAAAGUCAUGAAUAGUCGAUUGAUGCGAACUAAGAAGUACUUAAAACAUGAAAGUGCGUAUGUAGAUGUAGUCCGUCGGGUGGAAAUGCCAGAUGACCAAUUGGAGUACGUUGAUGACCUGCGAGAACGAGAAAGUGUUUUGUUUGAAGACCGAACUAAGUAUAAACUAUGUGCUUGGCAUGAUCAGUUUUCUUUAGCCUAUGCUGUUUCAGAGAACAACACUAUCUUCUUACUGGAACGAAAUGGAUUGAAAUUCAAGGAAAUUCAGCAUAUUCGUAAAUCUGAUCAAAAAGCAGAAGAGAUAGAAGAUAACCAGAUUUUGCAAAUUACUUCAACGGCUGAUUAUCUCUACAUUAUUCACCAAGAGAAAACCCGGCAUUUUAUGAAGGUUUACUAUAUCAAAAACAAUUGCAUUUAUCUUAAGACUCAUCUUUGCUUAGAAACUGCUUUGGGAGUAGAACAAGUCUCUACUAUUUAUGCCUUCUUUGUUGAUCCACAGUCACAACGGAUUCAUGUAUCUUUAGCUGAAGGUCAUUUGAUUAUCAGCCAGCACCAUUUGACUAACCGUACAACUACUGAUGUUAUUGAUGUGGAUGGAUGCCGCCUUCUUUUCUACAACCUUGCUAAAUGCACUGCUCCACCGCCUAUAUUUGCCCGGCAUCUGGUUUUGAAAGAGAUUCCAGCAGCUAUCUCCUGUACUGCUCGUUACAUAGAAAUCACCAAUCAAACCGGCCAGCAGUACCAACUUCCCACUACACCUCUCCAGCCAUCACAACCUCAGGCUAAGAACUUAGAACAAAACUUAGCUGCCUUAACUAUUACCAACUUACCUCCAACUCCAGCAACUCACUCCAUUCCAUCUAGUGAUCAGUCCUCCCAAAUACACACAGAAAUCACCGGUCUAGCUGAACAACAAGUCGUUCCCUUUUAUCAAAGCACGGCUAAACUCUCCCUCACUCAGAGCAAGCUCACUCUUUCCUACCAGGACCAGCACAUAACUGUUCAUGAUGUUACUUCAGCGGCUGUGGCUACACUUGAUACUUCUAGUCUUUUAAUUACUAAAUCGGGCUUCUCGGCCACUGAAAUCCACCAAGUCAAUUACUGUCCCACCUCUAAAACACUCAAUACAACUCUCCUAAUGAAAACUGAGAAGAACUCCCGACUUAUCUUUGUGGCUCCUACUCAUGUUGUUCUAAUCAACCGCUACGGCAUGCUUGAAACUUUCUACUUACAAGUCAUGGUGGUUUACUGGAUGAGAAAGUAUGCUGCAGUAGGCUCACUAGAUCAAGCAGUUACACUUGGUAAAAAGCAUGGGGUUCCCCUAACUGAAAUUCUACCGGAUGUUGAAAAGGCCAUUGCCCAGCAAAAACUAAGUCCAUCUCUGGCACUAGAAGUAACCAAAUCUUUACUGGCCUCACCACAAACUCCCACGGCAACACUGCAAACCAUUGAACAGUACUUGAAUUCUCAAUUACAAUACAACCAACUAGCUAUACCCAAAGAGAACAAAGAAAAUCAGAUAGUUUCCCAGCCAACUCCUCUUACUGCCCGUGAUAUUACCUAUCUAACUGCUGCCCUGGUUGAAAUUUAUCUAUUCCAACGCUUACCCGCUCAAAUAAUCCAACUAGCCCAUCACUACGCCCCAAACCCUUCUAGUUUCACUCCUAACUCCGCCCUAGCAACAUCCAAGUAUCCGAUAGCCUUAUCUAUUAUGCAACGAGCCACUGCAGUUCUUGAUAAAAAAGAGCUGAUUAAAGUUGCUAUGGAUCAGUAUGCCUAUCUUCUCUGCUAUCUUAUUCUAGCCGUGACUAACUCUUUCCAAGACGAAGUCAAUGAUAUUCUCUUAGCUCCCAACCAAGCAACUAUCAACCCUUCCCACCCCCAAGAAGAGAUUGCUCGUCGCUUACGCAUUGCCAACUAUCUUAACAAUAGAAAGAUCCAAACUAGAUACCACAUCCUCAAUAUUCUCAACUCAGAUAUCAACAACGCAGAUACUAAUUCAGAUAUCAACAACGCAGAUGCCACCAACUCAAAUACUAACAACGCAGAUACCACCACCCCAACCCAUACCACCCCAACCCACACCACCACUAACCUAACUACUCUAGCCAACACGAUCAAAGCCGCCCUAGAAUCUGCUCGCAUCCGUGAUUAUUACCUUUAUUUAGCCGAAGAGACUCAACUUCUUCCCCAAUACUCUUUCACUCAGAUUUCACCUACUAAGUACGCCCGUGUUGUCGCCCAUUUACUUACCAUAGCCGGUGAUGAUCUCGUCAAAGAAAACUCACCAGAAGAAGCCCUUGCCUGCUACACUGCAGCUGGGAGUCACGGCAAGUUACAGGCUGAUAACCUCCGCCUUCAACUAGGCCGUUGGCAAGAACUCUUCCAAGAUACUUCUAACAUCACCCCUAACCAUAUCAGCCGCCUUGAAGCCAUUCUCACCCAAAAGAAAGAACUAGCCAGUCUAGCCGAUAUGCAUCUUCAGUACGGCCAUUACGAUACUGGCCUUCAUCUUCUAGUCCAACUAUCUCAAUACCAAACUCUUCUUGCCCAGAUCCAAACUAAACUUCCUCACUCACCUACUGCCUUACUUUCCCUGCUAACUACUAAUACUACUUCACUCACCGAAACACUAGCUUCUUUAGCCCCUAAGUAUACUGAGCAUACCGAACGACUCAAUCAAGUCCGUACCCGUAAAGAAGCCCAAAGACAAGAAAUUCAAAACGGCCUCUAUGCCGAUGAUGACUGUGAAACCACAGCCUAUACUCGAUCUUUCAUCACUAAUACCUUCAUUACCUCCACCACUAACUCAACUAGAAAGAAGAAACGAAGUGCUAAACUUCGCAAUACUGUUGGUGGUCGCUAUGAAGAAGAGUAUGUCCAGUACGUCCUCAGUGAACUUAUUCUCAAAGCCAUUUCCCUCUUAACUUCCUUCCUUGACCUUACCGCUACAAUUGAUUAUCUCACUAGUCAAAUCAGCACUACUCCCACUACCACCAGUAUUAAUUCUACUUCCGCACUCACUACUUUCCAAACAACUCUUCUUCAUUUCGUCAAUACUUUCCUUCCCACCUACCCAACCGACUUCAUCUCACAAAACACCGAAGACGAUCCCCUUUAUGACCCCGAUCGUCCCCUUAUUCCCCAGCCAGAUAUUUCUCCCCUCCUCAACUACCUCAACCUAACCCAAUAA